AUGCUCGCACUUCUUUUCAGCUUUUCAUUAUGCGAUGAAGUUCAUAUAUCAGAAAGAGGAAUGUAUACUAUUCCGAUUUCAGAAUCAUCGAUAACAAUUUCAUUUAGCACAAAAGAAAAAAACUUUGAAAUUUGCAUUUUAAACCCAACAAUUUUUCAAGAUGAAAGGGGCUACACCUUAAGCUCGCUCUAUGCCAAUAUAGAUUCCUUAACUGUAAAAUCAAUUUCAGGCACAAAAAUAUUAUAUUUAUUUUUUGCAUCAUAUUCGAAAACAUAUGGAAUAACAUUUGUAGUUCUUGAUGAGCCAAAUAAAAAAUACAUGAUAGAUUAUUCCAAAUUUUCAAGUAGUAAAAAAAGAUUGGAUUUAAUUGUUUUAUCAUAUACAAAUUGCGACUUCGAGUUUUUCGGUUGUCAUACAUUUGAUUAUACCGGUGACUAUGAUUUUUGCUAUAUAAACUAUGAUGUUGACUACGUUUAUACUGAUUCAACUCAAGGGAGAAAUGAAAUUUUCAGGAAAAUUACAAAUACAAGAUAUGUUUGGUUGAUAUCUGGUAAAUCAAUUUCAAAUCGAGAGUCCAGAGCCCAUUAUGGAGUAUCUUUUUUAAAAUUAUCUGAAAAUCAAAUUCCCAAACUAGAAGGAUACAAACCUGGUAUGUAUCAUAGUGAUGGAGGAUCAAUUAAUGGAGAAUACACAGGAUUCAGAGACAACCAAGUCCUGAUCCCUCCUCUUGGAGAACCAACAGAAGUAAUUUUAUCAUCUCCAGGUGUGUUUUUCAAUAAUCAAGUGGAAGAAAGAAGCUGUGUCUUAUACAUUUCAGAUCCAACAGGACUUAAGUAUAAUGGAGAUGAUAUUUCCAAUUUUAUUUUAAAUGUAAAAGGAAAGGAACUCGCAUAUGAUGGCCCUCCUAAAUCAAUUUAUAUUGUUGCCUUUAUGGCAAAAAAUUGCAAAUAUCUUUCUAUUUUAUACCAUGCAGGCGGAUAUAGUUAUUGGACAAGAACUAGCAUCCCAUCAGGACAGUACUGUUUGAUUUCUUACGAUGAACGCCCUCAUACAGUUACUGUUGAAACCGAUUCAGGAAAAGUAUAUUCUACACCAAGAUUUAAUUCAGUCACUAGCCGUGAAAAAGUACAAUAUCCAAAGGAACCAUAUACAACAACUACUGCAAUGGAUAACAAUAUUCAGUGGAGUGGAUAUGAUCCUAAAAAGCGUAAAAUCGGUUUUCUUUCUGUAAAUUCUCCAAAAGUCACUACAGAAACACAGAAACUUUUUAGUGUUCCUGAAUUACAACCUUUAGUUGAAACAGGAUCAUGCAUUGGAUGCAGUCCAAGAGAACUCGAAUCAGGUAGUAGUUAUUCAGGAAAUACUGCUAGAGUAUACUUAGAUAUUUCUAGCAGCUAUAAUGUAUUUAUUAGUGAUACAAGGAAUUUUGUUCAUUUCAAUUGGUCACAUCCACAAAAAGUUUUCAAGGGAUAA